UCCAUAUUUUUGGUAUAAAAGGGAAUUGUUUGAUCCUUAAAAGCAUCAGUUCUAAUUUUGUGUUUUUUUUUAAAUAAUCUUACAAUUGUUAUACAACAAUCAAUAUGAAAUUCAUUGUUCUUACUUUGGCAUUCGUCUGUCUUGCACAGAACGUGUUUGGAGCUCCAAACCAGGCACCAGCAUCUGACACACCAAACCUUGAAUCCCUUGUAAAUAAUUUCAAUGCUGCUCUCUUGGAAGGUACUAAAAAUCUCUUAGGUGAAGAUGCUGUAAAAAAUUUAAAAGAAACAUCAAACUUAGUAGCUGGUGAAGUUAACAAAUUUAUCGAAGAAAUUGGUAAAAAAUCAAAAGAAUUAGAACCAGAAGCUAAAGAAGCUGUCAAGAAGUUCCAAGACUCAAUUAAUGAACAAUUAGCUAAAUUCAAGAAAGAAAAUCCAGAAGUUGCCGCUAGCGCAGAAAAAAUUCAACAACAAUUAGAAGCAACCGUUAAGAAAGUUGUAGAAGAAUCCAAAGUUUUGGAAAAGAAUUUGAAAGAUAAUUCCAGUGGUAUCAUUGCUGAUUUACAAAAAUUAACAAAAGAAACAAUUGACAAAGCAACAGCCCAAGCAAAGGAACUUCAAGCAAAAUUAACAAAGAAACCUUAGAUAAUUAGAUAAUUUAUUAUUAUUAUUAUUUUUUUUUUUUUGUAAAUUGCUGGUAUUGAUUUUUUGUUACUUUGGCGAAACCGAAAUUAUUUCGGUAAUGUAUUAACGGUUUUAUUUCACCAAAUUGCUUUCUACUUGAAUCGAGUUAAUGUAAUUUUGGUGGAAUCAAGCCUAAUUCAAACAGAACACCAUGUAAAAAUUGUAAUGUAAAAAUAAUAUGAUUUUUUUGAAUUUUU